AUGGAACAAGAACAGACUUUACAUAUUAAAAAGGGCGCCAUUGUUAGGACUAUGAAGGAAUAUAGUCUAUACAAGAAGGAGCUUCAAGAGGCUCAAUCGAAAUUCGAAUCAGUUAAGGCUACUGGUGAAGAGCAUGAGGUUAGAGCGGCAAUGAAAAUCUUAGAAGAAUCUUCAGCAGUACUAGAGGAUUCCAAAAAGAGACUAACCAUGAUAGCAAUGGACCUAGACCAGUACAUGAUGGAAAUGAUGAGAACAGUUGAAGAUUCAUCUGACACUAUGACUGAUGACACUUUGUUUUUGGAAUGUAAAUCAGCGUUGGAGGAUCUAAGUAGAAAUCAUCCCGAAAUUGAAUUUAGAAGGUCGUAA